AUGGCGAGCGGAGGAACCCACCGCCCCCCAAUCCCUGAAGAUGAAAACCCAAACCGAAGCAUCAAGAAAGUGAAGACUCAUGAUUCCCAUGAAAGUGCAGACUCUUUGAUGGACCAACAAAUAGAGGAUGUACUGUCACCUAAGCAGGGUGAUACCAGCUCUGAGAAACCCAGCUCCCCUAAGCUAUCGUACAAAGAGAAGCUGAUUGCAGGGGAAUACCCAGGCUCGUCUUUCUCACCACAAGAGAUUAUUGACCUGGUAAGUGAAGAACUGAUGGUGGGAGUCCAAGAUAAGGAAAAGCCCACAGAAGAGAAAAGAGCUUUUAACCCAAGUCCUGUGGUUCCGAUUUCACUGGAAGAGUAUGAGAAAUGGUGCCGCCCCUGGAAAUACUCACUCAUUGUUAAACUACUGGGUAAGAAAAUAUGCUUCAAGUGGAUGAACCAAAGGAUCCAUCAACUCUGGGCUCGGGAAGGAGAGUUGAAGGUUAUGGAUCUAUCUGAUGACUACUUUCUGGUGCGCUUUGGAUCAGAAAAUGACUAUAUCAAUGCACUCUUUGAAGGGCCAUGGACGAUUGUAGACCACUAUCUGCUAGUUCAGAGCUGGAGACCGAUGUUCAAGGCAGAGGAUAGUGAGGUGAAGAAGAUAGCAGUGUGGAUCCGUCUCCCAAAGCUGCCGGUGGAGCUGUACAAAGAGAAAUUUCUUUGGAGAUUGGGUUCUCUUCUGGGAACUAUGCUCAAAAUAGAUACACAUACCAUUGUCCAUUCCAGAGGAAAAUUUGCAAGAAUUUGGGUAGAAAUUGAUUUAAGCCAAAAGCUAUCUCCCACUGUCACAGCCCUUGGAACAGAAUGCAGAUUGGAAUAUGAAGGACUCCACUCUAUUUGUUUUGAAUGUGGAAGGUAUGGACAUAAGAAGGAACACUGCCCCGAAGCCAUUGCAACACGAACCACCCACAUGGAUCCCAAAGUGACCGAACCAACUCCAAUGGUUCAACAGGAUAUUCAAGCUACCCCUAAGUCAGGGAUUGUGAAUGAUGAGAGCCCAGUCUCUGAGAACCAAACCUGUUUUGGCCCCUGGAUGUUGGCAAAGAAGUUAUCCAAGCGUAAACCUACCAAAAUUGGGAACCAGGGACGUGAGGAAAUGACCAGAAGUUCGAGAUUUGGAGCUCUAGAUGAAGACCCAGAUACUAAAGCCAAUCCUCAAGAGGAGGAUUUGAUCCAAGGUCUUGAGAACCAAGUCACAAGAAAUUUCAAACAGCAGAGUAACACUAUGAAACCAGUAAAACAUGCGCACAAGGGGCAAGCCUCUAAGCCUUCAACCUUCCAGAAGAAGAAACCUUGUGGCAAACACAACAAGGAGAACAUUCCUCCCCUUCCACAAGAACAACCCUCUCUUGCCCCCAAGGGACAACAAAAUAUCUCCAUAAAAAAGAAACUUUCCUCUGGAGAGAAUAGCUGGUCCCAAUCCAUUUCUAAAGUUCAAGCAGACCUGGGAGAGAAAUUCCAGGAAGCUGUAUAUGAUGAAAAUGAAUCUCCGAUACAAUUACUUGAUACCUCUGAAGAGGACUUAAAGCUAAUUUAG